UUUAACUCAUCUCUCAUAGAUCUGUCAACUAUGUUCCACUCUAUUCACCUAUAGCUUUUAGUGAAGAACUAUGUUCAGUGAAAAAUCUCAGUUGAUGUUAGCAUAUUGAAGAUGUUGAAGACUUGAAGUGUAACUUUGAUGCAAGAGAUUUGGUGAACACCUAUGAUUGAAAGUUUAUGGAUAGCACAAAUAGUAUGGAUACUUGUGUUGGUUUUGAUGGUGAAGCUAGUGGAGUUGAUAGCUAUAAUGGUGAACAAGAAAGUUGGGAGCCUGCAACAGGGAUGUCUUUUUCUUCUAUAGAUGAGGUGAAAUCAUUUUAUGGAAAGUAUGCUUCAAUAAAAGGUUUUGGAUGGAAGAUUAGAACGUCAAGGAAAGGAGAGGAUGGGAAGUUAAAUUACUUAAUGCUGUCAUGCUCAAGAGAAGGACGUCGUGGGUCAAAAAUACCAUGUACAUUGAAGACACUUCCAACUAAAGUGAAAAAUUGUCCUUCAAAGAUUACUAUUAAGUUGGCAAAAGAUGAACUAUGGUAUAUUAAAAAGUUUGAACCUAACCACUCUCACACAAUUAGCCCCACUAAGUCAAGGUUAUUCAAGGCAAACAAAAAUCUGAGCAUGCAUGUAAAGAGAACAAUUCAUAUCAACGAUGACGCAGGGGUGAGGAUCAACAAGACCUUUCAGACUCUUGUUCGAGAUGCCGGAGGUUAUGAAAAUGUAGCAUUUUGUGAAAGAGAUGUUAGGAAUUUUGUUAACAAGGAAAGACGUGUGAUUGGAAAAGACGGAGAUGGCAAAGCAUUGAUAAGCUAUUUUUGUCAAAUGAGGGAGCAAAAUACAAAUUUCUUCUAUGAUAUAGAUUUGGAUGAUGAUUUUCAUGUACGAAACGUGUUUUGGGUUGAUGCAAGAAGUAGAGCUGCAUAUGAAUCUUUUGGAGAUGUUGUUACUUUUGAUACAACAUAUUUGACCAAUAAAUAUGACAUGCCUUUUGCUGCAUUUGUUGGUGUGAAUCACCAUGGUCAAUCAACUUUACUUGGAUGUGGUCUACUUUCAGCUGAAGACACGGAAUCAUUUGUGUGGCUUUUUCAAUCUUGGCUUCGUUGUAUGUUAGGAAAGGCCCCUGCAGGUAUUGUCACUGACCAAUGCAAGGCUAUGCAAAAUGCCAUCGAGUUAGUAUUCCCUACUACUAGACAUAGGUGGUGUUUGUGGCAUAUAAUGAAAAAAAUCCCUGAAAAGCUAAGUAGAUAUGAUGAAUAUAAAAAUAUUACAUUUGCAAUGAAAGAAUCGGUUUAUGAUACAAUCACACCAACUGAGUUUGAAGAAAAAUGGUGUUCUUUUGUCAACAAAUUUGAGCUGGAACAUAAUGUUUGGUUGAGUGGAUUGUACAAAGAGUGUCAUAGAUGGGUGUCAAUUAUGUUGAAGAAAUAUUUUUGGGCUGGUAUGUCGACAACACAACGAAGUGAGAGCAUACAUGCUUUCUUUGAUGGAUAUAUCAAUUCGACAACCACUCUGCAUCAAUUUGUAAAGCAAUAUGAUAAUGCUCUUAGAAGUAGAGCAGAAAAAGAAUUUGAAGCUGAUUUUCAAUCAAUGGAUACAAUUAUUCCUUGUGGGUCAAACUCGUUGAUCGAAAAGCAAUUACAAAAUUAA